GCCUAACAACAACAUAUAGAGAGGUUUUAGAGCUUUUUUUUUCUUUCAUACACAUAGAUCUCAGAUCAAAAUUAUCAUGAUCUUCUAAUAUGGGAAUCAAAGGCGUCUCCUCGGCGCCCGGUGAUUUCAUCUACUUCAAGUCUCAGGUUCCCCUUCACCGGAUUCCUAUUGGCACCAAGCAAUGGCGAUACUAUGAUUUUGGCCCUAAAGUUGUACCGCCUCUUAUCUGCCUUCCUGGAAUUGCCGGCACCGCAGAUGUCUACUACAAACAAAUUAUGUUUCUCUCAAUGAAGGGUUACCGGGUAAUUUCUGUAGACAUUCCACGUGUAUGGAAUCAUCAAGAGUGGAUUCAAACAUUUGAAAAGUUCUUGGAUGCCAUAGACGUUCAUCGUAUACAUCUUUAUGGCACUUCACUUGGGGGAUUUCUAGCACAACUAUUUGCUCAACAUCGGCCAAGACGUGUUAAAUCUUUGAUAUUAUCUAAUUCAUAUCUUGAGACUAAAAGUUUUUCUGCAGCAAUGCCAUGGUCCCCAAUUGUUAGUUGGGCACCCUCUUUUUUGCUGAAAAGGUAUGUCUUAACAGGAAUUCGUGAUGGCCCACAUGAACCUUUCAUUGCAGAUUCUGUAGACUUCGUUGUUUCUCAGGUGGAAACGCUUUCAAGAGAUGAUCUGGCAUCAAGGCUGACCCUAACAGUUGAUGAUGCCUCAAUUGGGCCUCUUCUUCUUCCAGAUUCGUCUAUUACCAUAAUGGAUACAAACGACUAUUGUGCGGUUCCAUUGCAACUCAAAGAUCAACUGAAUGAAAGAUAUCCUGGAGCCAGAAGAGCAUACUUGAAAACAGGGGGUGAUUUCCCAUUUCUUUCACGCCCUGAUGAAGUUAACUUGCAUCUUCAGCUGCACUUGAGACGUGUUGGCGUGGAAGCUCGUCCAGAUUUGGUCCAGAUUGCUUCACAAGGAGGAGGUAGUGACAGUGGUCCGAGUGAAAAGAAGGAUGAAAGAGAUGGUGAUGACACACAUGAGGAUGACAAUGAACACACAGAAAAUUCACCAUCCGAAAGUCAAAUAUCUCCAGCUCCAGAAAGUUCAGAAUCUCAUAGUUUAGACAAUCAGCUACUUAACAAUGCUAAAGCUUGUUAUUUGGGUGACGAGACACCUCUAUCGAGUCACAGAGAAACUAAGGUACUCUUGAUAAUCAACGAGAUAUUACUACGAUAUGUUCAGAUGAUAUGUGUAAGUUUGAUGCUAGGCAUGAUGGAUGCUGGUGGUUCAACUCACCUGUUAUUGAUACCAGAAAGGUAGGACUAGACAAGUUUCAUUCUGAGCAAUGUUGGCCCUCUGUUCGUUUGUUUCACGGUUUCCUCAAAUUCUUAUUUGAUUUUUUCUUUUUCAUUUCUUUCACAUUCGUGAGCUUUGUUUGUGUAAAUUUUCAUUACCAAGUUUGUCAUUUUAUCAAAGGCUGAAAUAUUGUAGUUCUUUGGAUAAGUUACAAUCAUUAGACCAGACAGAUCUUUCAAUACAGCAUCAACAUGUUAAACCCGUCCAA